ACAUGACUUUGGCAAAAAAAAAAAUAAAUAAAAAACGAGACAAGUACCAAGUGCCAAGUACAAAAAAUAAUAAUAAAACAGUGAGAUUGCUAAUUUUUUUGUGUAAUAAUAAUCAAGUGUUUUUUUUAUAUUGUUGUUUUAUAACAAACCUGUGCGACUUAUUAUAAAUCAAAAAAAAAAAUUGAAUUUAAUAAAGAAAAGUGCACAAUGAUUGACCAAAUAUUUGAUGAUUAAAUAAUAAAUUUUAUUGAAUAAUAAUUUAAAAAACAUAAUUAUUAUCAAGUCAACAAAUAUAAACAAUAUUGUCUUUGUUUAAAAUUAUUAAUUGUCAAUUGAACAUCAUCAUCUGUAUAAAUAACUUUACAAUAAAUUUAAUACAACUCGUAAUAAAAACAAUGAUAUAUUUUUUAAUAAAUAAUUAACUUGGAUAUAUUAUUAUUAUUUAAUUUUGACAUUAUUGCUUAGCCAUGGAUAACAUCGCAGGUAUAUUUCGAGCCAUGUAUUGUGGUUUUGUUGACAGUUUUAAGGGUGCAAUUGUAUUAUUUUACAUGGAUAAACAAAUGAAUCAAAGAUUAAUUAAAGCAUCACCAUCAAGAAAUGAAAUUGCUAAAAGAGAUGCAAAAGAUAGUCCAUCAAAAGCAUCAAAUAUCAAAGAACACAAAGAAUCAAAAGUAUUAAAAAGAACAAUACAAUGUUGUGCAUUAAAUGGUGGUGUAUUUUGGGCAAGUAUAUUAAUAUUUGAAUGUGGAUUAUUGCCAUUGCUUAAAUAUUUAUUACAAAUAAUAUUUGGUCAUUCACCAAGUAUGGGUUUAAUUGUAUGGUCAUGGACAAAACCAUUUUUAUCAUUGACAUUUGGAACAGUAUGGGUAUUGCCAUUAUUUUUACUAAGUAAAAUUGUUAAUAGUUUAUGGUUUCAGGAUAUUGCUGAUAGUGCUUAUAGAUAUCGUCAAGGUAGACCAUUGUUACUAUCAAGUGUUAGUAAAUUAAUUGCAGAUACAUUAUUUAGCAUAUUGGUACAAGCAUUAUUUCUUGGUCAAGGUAUGCUUGUAUCAAGAAUACCAAUACCGCCAAUUGGUGAUUUACUUGCAAUGAUUCACAUGUGCCUUCUUUAUGCACUUUAUGCAUUUGAAUAUAAAUGGUUUAAUAUGGGCUGGGAAUUACACAGACGACUAACAUUUAUCGAAGCAAAUUGGCCAUAUUUUGUUGGCUUUGGUUUACCACUUGCUGUUUUAACACAUUUGCCAAAUUCUUAUGUUAUUAGUGGAUGUGUGUUUUCAAUUUUAUUUCCACUUUUUAUUAUUAGUGGAAAUGAAGCACAACCUGUUACAGGUGUCUGUGAUUGUCCACUUAAGUUAUUUUCUCCAGUAAUUGCAAUUGCAAAUACAUUAUUCAACAAAACAAUUGGCCCAGCACAUCCACGCCAUUGAUUUUUAUAUUUAUUAAUUAUUAUAAAUAAUAAUAAGUUGAGAUCAAAGUCUACAAGCACAAAUGAUUGAAUGAUAUAUUUAUUAAAACAACUUAUUUGUAAUUGUGUGAGAGAUAAUUUUAUGAUUAAUUUAGUUAAUGGGAAAGUUAUAUAAUGACAUCUUAACAACAAGCUCAUUUUU